CAGGGAGCAUCCAGGAGAGGCUGGAUAUUGUAAUUAACACAAGUGGAGGCAGGCUGCUGCAUCUACCCGCCCGCCCGGAGAGGAAGAACCUGUUGAAUUUGCUAGGAGCUAUUGCUGUGAGGACAAGAGCCACAAUUCCUGGGAGUACAGCAGCCACAAGUGGAUGGAGUAGCUGCUUCAGAGCUAUGCUGUGGGGAAGAGGCAGAGGCCUGGAUUUCGGACACUGGAUGCCCUUCUGGGUUAGAGCUUCCACUUUUGCCUCCUAAGCGCGGGGAGGAGGAACACGCAGCCCCCUCUCUUUCGGUCAGGCGAGCCAAGGAUGGCUGCGCUCUCCCAGCACCUCAGGAUCCUGCUCUGGAAGAACUGGCUGAGUGUCAAGAGGCAGCUGGUAUGGUCGUUUGUUUUAAUUUCCUGGCCUGUGGUUGUUUUCAUAAUCUUGGCCAUUAUCCGUCUCAAAUUCCCUCCAGAACCACAGCAAAACUGUUAUCUUGCACCCCGAAACCUUCCCAGCGCAGGCUUCUUCCCGUUCCUGCAAACGGUGCUGUGUGAUUCCGAUGCCAGGUGUAAGGGCACACCAUACACACCAGAAGAUUUGCUGCCAAGGCUUAAUGACAUCUCAUCCCUCAGACUGAAGCACGGGAGCUCAUCCAGAGUAGCCAAGGACAGGCAGCCAUCACCAUGGAGUGCAGAGGUUCCUGAAAGCAGGAAUGCUUCACUGGCAUUUGGGGAUUUGGUAUCUCAUGGAGAGAAAAACCUUCAGAAUAUUUCAUCACCAUCCAACUUGAAUUCCAGCACCCACAUGUUCAACAAGAUCCUCAGUUUUGGGAAGAGCCAGGGCCAAUACUCCACUGCAGGGAACCUCAGGGCCCUGCUGUGCCAGGUCUUGUCGCGGUACCUGGCACAUCCCGGUGCCACGGGAGGGAGCAUGGCAGCCAAUAUCCACCACGCCUUCUGCUUCACCAACUCAUCGCUUCUCGAGUCCUUUGCCCAGGAGUUCAGGACCCAGCUCUCCCAGGUGAAGCACAACCCACAGUACCAGGAGACCUUUGUCAAUGAAAUGGUCUCAUUUCUGACGCUCGUCUCCCAAGUGCAGAAUGACACCUCCCUGUGGCACCUGCUUUUGCUGGCCCCAGAUGUGUUUCAGGACAACAUGCAACUGCGAGACAUAAUUCAUUUCCUUCAGAAUCCAAGCAGUGUUGUGCUGGCAGCUCAGAAUGUCUCCGCAUCUCUUGUGAGUGAUGACAGAUUCAAAACUCUUCAAAAUGGGGUUACAGAUUCUCCACAUUCCCUGAACUGCUUGGAGCAAGGUAAAGAAAGAAGUUGGGUGACCAGAUCUAUUUGUAAUUCCUUUGUUCACUGGAAAGACAAUCACACUUUAGUAUCUGAAUUGGAGGAAGUUCUAAGAAAAAUAAAGUCACCAGAGAUUGGUGGAAAGCACUCCAAGAGGUCCAUUAAUUCAGAUGAUUUAGAAGCCAUACAAAAGCAUCUACAUGGUUUAAAAGGCUUUGAGGAAAAAAUGAAUCGAAGUGAAUUAAAAAGCUUAAAUCUAUUCAGAAAUUUGAAGAAUGAAACAUUACAGAAAUUGUAUGCAUUUCUUGAACUGGGAAUGAAUCCACAUCAUGAUUAUAAAUUAAAAGAACCAUAUAAUAAGGAAAUAAUAGAUGAAAUCUAUAACUUCACAUCGCUGCAAUUACAGAGUGACUUUAACGGGACUUCCAUUUUCAAUACAAUGACCCGGUGGAAAAAAAUUCAGAGGGCUUUAAAAUUAGCUACAAUGCUUUGGAAUCAAGCUCUCCUAAAUAAUUCUAAUUUUAGUACACUGCAAACUAAAGAUGCUCUAAAAAUGUUGCUCUCCACAAGCAUGCCAUCACUUCUGGAAGGUCUCAGAGACCGUUUGAGUGGACCCCAAGAAAUCCCAUCCAUCUUUUCUGAUGAUCUGCUUGAGCCUGAGUCCUACAGAAACUUCCCAGAGCAGCUCCUAGCUCUCCAGAGGAUGUUUUUUAGAAUGACAGGCACAAAUGUAGGUUAUCAGUACCUCCUGCUGCCUGUGUUUGAGCUGAUGAGGGCCGUAGAGAAGUCCAUGGGUGAGGCCUGGUGGGAUGAGUUGAACGUCUACUGGCGCACUGCGGAGAAGCUGAGAUCCAUGAAGUGGAAUAACACAGCCAUCGUUGCCUAUGGGCAGUUUUUGGAGGUGUUAAACAGCCAUUUGCAAAAGCUGAAUAAUAAAUCAAGUGGUGUCUUCAGUGAAGAAUUGGAUCAGCUGUCAGAAUUUAUAACAGCUGUAUUUAAAGAGUUUGGGGGAAGCUCUGGAGUAGCCGAUAUCUCACAAGUCACUCAAGCCAUCCAAAAGACGUUGUACAUAUUAAAAGACUUACAGCUGAAUUAUAAUGUCAGUACAUUAAAAUCUAUAGAUCUUUUCUUUAAUUUUAACAAUAAAACCUUGGAGAGCUUGUCUGAACUUCUGAGAACAGGAAUGAAAAUCCUUCAUUAUGCAAGUGCCAAUGAAGCUUCCAGUGAAGACAUAAUUAACCCCAUCUAUAAUUUAACACAUCUACUACAGGAGUUCAGCCAGUCCCUCUCACAGCACAAUAGCUCACUACAGGCAGGAAUUUGGGAGUUUCUUCAUUUAGCCUUGGGUCCUUUCCUUGAGAACAGCAGCAAUGGCUACAGGACACUCCAGAAUUGCUCCUUGGAAGAUCUGCUCAGCGUGGGCCUUGAGGUGCUGUUUGAAAAUGCCACUCUAAGGGAGUCCUCAGCCAGGAGCCCCUGCAAGCCCCUCUUGGAUUCCUUGGGCUUGGAGGGUGGGACAGGGAACAAUGACACCUUUACCAGGGUGUUCCAGCUGGCCAUAACCAACCUGCAGCUGUCUCCAGAGUUUGCUGCUGCCUACAACAACAGCAGGGAGCGCUUUUUCCAGGAGCUGUCGUGUCUCACCCGGUCUCUGUGUUUUUCUCUGAGUUUCCUUUCCAAGUUAAACCUUGUCUCUGAGGCGGGAAACUCAUGGCUCCAGGAGAAGGCAAGAGCUCUGAGUGCAGCCACGGAGGGGCUGGUGCAGGGUGAUGCCUCGUGCCCCAUCCCAGCCCAGGAUGUGGGUGAUGUGUCCCCAUCGCAGCUUUUGAACGUGCUCCUUCCUGCCCUGCUGGAUGAAACAGUGCUGAGCUCCCUGAAUUCCUCUGAGAGCUCUGCAGACUGGGAUGGGCUGCCUGUGUUCUCCCAUCUGUCACCACCUGCUUCCAUGAGGAACAGCAGUCUCUACGAGCUGCUGCAGGUGGGCAGAGCUGCUUCCAGCCAGCCCGACUGGGGACACUUCUCCCGGCUGUGGCGUGCCACUGGUGCCCUGCUGACCUCCAAAUGGAGCCUAACAGAAGUGGGUGAAUAUGUGGAACUCCUGCAAAUUAUGAAGAAAGCUCUAAUCCUUGUGGACUUUGGGGUAGCUCCUGGAAAAGCAUUGGUGCGUCAGAUCUUUGAGAAUUCUACCGAAGCAAUUAAAUCUUCAGAUCUGAGUGAUUUGUAUAGUUCAUUAAAACUCUCUUUCAUUUCAACUUCUGCCACAGACAGCACACUGGACUGGAAAAGGAUAUUUCAAGAAAUACUUCCUUUGUAUGAAGGGGGUGGUGAAGGAUUGUUCUACUCUAAUCCCUAUGGAAAAGAAAAUCAAGAUGUUCUGACUAUGGCUGCAGUGAUUUGGAAUGAGAUAAUUUUAAACAGGGCUCAUUUUAAUACAGAGAAUGCAUGGGAGGUGAUCAAAAUGAUUGCACUCGACGCAAUCUCGCUUGAAGACAUUGAAAAUUAUCUCAGCACAAAUGAAAAAGUGUCAUCAUUAUUUUCUGACUUCUUGUUGACCCCUGGAACUCCUGAAAAUUUUGCAGAACACCUUUUGUCCCUUGAGCAGCUUCUUGGUGCCAUGGCAAAGGUGAACACCAGUGAUCAUUAUCUGCUGAUCUCUUCUUUGAGUAAGCUACUGCAGAAACUCCCUCCUGGAAGGCAGGAAGAUGAACUUGGUGCUUUCUGGCACAUUGCUGAAGGUCUCCAGUUGUUGAACUGGAAUAGUACAGCCACUGUCACUGCCCAGUCACUUCUAGACAUGCUGCAAAAUCUACUAAAUAUGACAGAAAAUGACACCAGUCUUCCUUUCAGUAAGGAACUGAAGCAGCUGCUAAACUUUGUAUCUUCCAUCUUUGAGCUGUAUGAUGAAGAUUCCAGAGGAAACAACAUCUCCAUGUACUUGCAGGCCAUGCAGAGGGGAAUCUUAACUUUGAAAGGUUUGCAGAAAAGGUAUAACAUCAGUGAGCUUGAAUCUAUCAGCCUGUUACUUGAUUCCAACAGUAACUAUGCCCAGAGACUGAUGGAAAUGUGGAGAGGAGGAAUGAAAGUUCUUCAUGACAUCAACUCAAACAAAACAUUCGAGGAAAAAAUGAACAUUGUCUAUAAUUACUCACAUUUGCUGCUUCAGGAGUUCAGCCAGUCUCCCUCAGAGCACAAUAGCUCACUACAGGCAGGAAUUUGGGAGUUUCUUCAUUUAGCCUUGGGUCCUUUCCUUGAGAACAGCAGCAAUGGCUACAGGACACUCCAGAAUUGCUCCUUUGAAGAUCUGCUCAGCGUGGGCCUUGAGGUGCUGUUUGAAAAUGCCACUCUAAGGGAGUCCUCAGCCAGGAGCCCCUGCAAGCCCCUCUUGGAUUCCUUGGGCAUGGAGGGUGGGACAGGGAACAAUGACACCUUCACCAGGGUGUUCCAGCUGGCCAUAACCAACCUGCAGCUGUCUCCAGAGUUUGCUGCUGCCUACAACAACAGCAGGGAGCGCUUUUUCCAGGAGCUGUCGUGUCUCACCCGGUCUCUGUGUUUUUCUCUGAGUUUCCUUUCCAAGUUAAACCUUGUCUCUGAGGUGGGAAACUCGUGGCUCCAGGAGAAGGCAAGAGCUCUGAGUGCAGCCACGGAGGGGCUGGUGCAGGGUGAUGCCUCGUGCCCCAUCCCAGCCCAGGAUGUGGGUGAUGUGUCCCCAUCGCAGCUUUUGAACGUGCUCCUUCCUGCCCUGCUGGAUGAAACAGUGCUGAGCUCCCUGAAUUUGUCUGGCAGUGCAACAGGCUGGAAUAACCUGACCAUGCUCUCUGGUGUGGCACAGGAUGAGCUCCACAACCUCCUGCAGAGGCUCCAGGGUGCCUUCAACCUCACUGAAGGCAGUUAUUACACAAGUGUCUGGGAUGUGUUUGACAGCUUCCUCAGCACCAAAAGGAAUCCAAGUGAAGGAGCUUCCCUUGCAAGGCUGUUGGAAGCAGUGGCAAGCAACUCUGCCAGCAAUCUGUCAGCUCCAGAAAUCACAGAAGCCACCCUCUACGUUCUCAAGGGGCUGAACAUCUCUGGCCUGCUAAAUGAAUUCAAUAUAAGUUCCAGCUCAGCUUUUUUCUCCAACAAAACCAGUUUUGACAGUGUGAUUGAUAUCGUUGCUCAUCACUUCACUGUGGUGGCAGAAACCCUUUACAAUAAGACCCUGCCUUGGACUCUGAGUGACCACACUCUGUCCCCAACCAGCUUGAUCACACGAUUUCUGUUUUUAGAAUUUGCAAACACCAUCUUGCAGGUGACAGCGAAUAACAGCUAUAACCCUUACCUGACGUGUUUAAUAAAUGCCGCGGAAGCUGAAGAUGGGGAAUUGACAGAAAACAUCACACUGCUUUUGAAUCAAACUCAUCUUAAAAAGAACUCUUUUAUGCAAAAUAAUACCUCUGAGAAACAUUCAUCCAUACCAGAGCUCCUGAAGCUAAAAAUCUCUCGCCUCCGGGAUCUGACAGCACUUCUGUGUGACUACGAGAGCUUGAAGUCAGUCCAGCAGCUCUGCCACCUCCCUGAGGUUCCCUCUGGGGAGCUGUGUGAGCAGGGCCAGUCUCAGGAGCAGCUCCUCCGUGCUGCUCAGCUGAGCAGCCAACUUGUGACCAACCUACUGAGUCACAGGAGGAUCUCCCAGGAGCUCCAAAAUGUACUCAUUGGGGAUGCCACAGACAUCCAGGCACAGCUGAAGUGGCUUCAAGAAAAUGUACCAGAAAUUGCUUUCUUUCAAGAGAUUCCUCAAUAUAUGGCUGCUUUGAAUUCCAUGUUGAAUAUCACUGAGGGUUUAACAGACUCCAGCAAGCAAGAAAAGUUAAGAGAUGUUUUUAAAAAUGUGGACCAGCUCAAAGAGGACCUCAUAAACACAACAGGAAUGUCCACAGCCAGCAUUGAUGCUCUUCUGGAAGCAUCUUUCCCAGAAAACAGCAGUCAGCUCAUCUCUCAGGUGCUGCAGCUGGAGUCCUGCAGUGCCCAUCCUGCUGACCCACAGCUGCAAGUGGUGGUGCAGGAGUUGUGCAGCCUCCCUCUGCCAGAGAGGACUCGCAGCACCUACCUCCUUGGGGUCACCCUCUUGAGACACUUGGACAUGUACAAUUUCUUAUACAAGAUGUUUUUCCCCAAGGAACUUCAGAAACCCAUGGACAAGAUGUUAGGCCUUCUGACAAAAAUGAAAUAUUUCAGACACCAGGUUGAAUCUGGCAUUGAUCCAUUGCUACAAGCUAUUCAUUCCCUGAAGAAGCUCCGACAGUCCAGGAAAACGCCACUGACUAAGGCGUUAUUUAAACCAAACAACUUCAGGAUAACACAUGGCACUUUUAAAUCCAUGUCAAAAGUCCUCUGCAACCAGGAGAUCACACCCCUGUUUUUUGAGUCUUUGCUUCCAGAUUUUGGGGACCCCAUAAGCAACAGUUCUCAUGCAGAGGACGUCUAUGUCCAAAAGCUGAUGAGGAAAUAUGGGAUUCCUCAGGAUUCCACCCCAUUUUGCUUAUCCUUUUACCUGGACCUGGUCAAGACCCCGACUGGAGCUUUGAUUUGGUCUUUCUUAAAACCAAUGGUGCUUGGGAAGAUCCUUUUCACACCAGAUACCCCAGAAACUCGAGCAAUCAUGGGAAAGUCAAAUGCAACCCUGGAGCAGAUGGCUGAGUUAGCCCUGAAGUCCCAGGAGUGGCUGGACCAGUCUCCUGUCAUCAUGAAUUCACUGACUAAGUUAAACCAGACAGUUCCAAUGAUCAAGAAUGCCCUGCAGAACCCCUUUGUGCAGGUUUUUAUCAAGCUGAUGGUGGAUUUGGAUGCAGCUGAGCUCCUGAGUCAGAUAAAUGAACUGGAUGAUAUCCGGCUGGAGCUGCAGAACAACGCUGACAUUGUCAACCAGCUGAACACUUUGGCUGCCCUGGCUGUGAACGUCUCCUCCUGCAUCUCCUUCAACCGCAUUCAGGCAGUGCAGGACCUGGAUGAGAUGGAAGCGGUGGCUAAGGAGCUCUUCCUGAAGAAUGAGCUGUUUGCAAGUAUCAUUUUCAAGCUGCCUUCAAGCCCUGGACACUCAGUUCGUGGGGGCCUGUCCCUCCCUCCUGUGCUCAACUAUACCAUCCGAAUGAGCAGCAGGAUAACCCAAACCACCAACAGGAUCCGGGAGCGCAUCUGGACCGUGGGCCCGCACAAUUCCACCUCCCAGAGCCAGAUUUACAGCAGGGCCUUUAUUUACAUCCAGGACAGCAUUGAAAGGGCCAUUAUUGAGCUGCAGACUGGCAAGAAACCAGAGGAAAUAGCUGUUCAGGUGCAGGCAAUGCCUUACCCCUGUUACAACAAGGAUAUGUUCUUAACCAGCGUGACCUACUCUCUUCCAUUUGCUCUGAUGGCUGCCUGGGUGCUGUUUAUAGCUGAUUUUGUUAAAACACUUGUUCAGGAGAAAGAUCUGAGGCUUUAUGAGUACAUGAAGAUGAUGGGUGUCAAUGCCAGCAGCCAUUUCAUCGCCUGGUUCAUCGAGUGCGCCAUCUUCCUCCUGAUUACUGUCACCUUCCUCAUUGUUGUGUUGAAAGUGGGUGAGAUCCUUCCCAAAACAGACACAGCGCUCCUGUUCCUGUACCUGAUGGACUACAGCCUGUCCAUCAUAGCAAUGAGCUACUUCAUCAGUGUUUUCUUCAACAACACCAACAUCGCAGCCUUGGUGGGCAGCCUCGUGUACAUCCUCACCUUCUUCCCCUUCAUCGUGCUGCUCGUCAUCGAGAAUCACUUGAGCUUCUCUGUCAAGAGCCUCCUGAGUCUGUUGUCUCCAACUGCCUUCAGUUAUGCAAGUCAAUACAUUGCUCGCUACGAGGCACAGGGCAUAGGACUGCAGUGGGACAACAUGUACAAGUCUCCAAUGAUUGGAGACAACACUUCCUUUGGCUGGAUGUGCUGGCUCAUUCUGAUAGACUCCUUCAUUUACUUCAUCCUGGGGUGGUACAUAAGGAAUGUUUUUCCAGGUAGAUAUGGCAUGGCUGCUCCCUGGUACUUCCCACUGCUUCCAUCUUACUGGAUCGAAUACAACGGCUACCUGCCCUUCUGGAAUGAGAAACAAAGAGGCAUGCUCUUCUCCAAGCUGAUGUUAAGGAAAGAAGCCACCCUCCCCAAUAAAAUAUGUGCCCCCCACCCUCACGUGGAACCGGAGCCCACUGACCUCACCUUGGGAGUCUCCCUCCACGGCAUAACAAAGGUUUAUGGAUCCAAAGCUGCAGUGGACAACCUCAGCCUCAACUUUUAUGAAGGGAAUAUCACUUCCCUGCUAGGACACAAUGGAGCUGGGAAAACUACAACCAUAUCUAUUUUGACCGGGUUGUUCCCUACGUCAUCGGGCACGAUCUUUGUGUACGGCAAAGACAUCAGGACUGACCAGGAGGUGAUCAGGAAGAACAUGGGGGUGUGCAUGCAGCACAACGUGCUCUUCAACUACCUCACCACCAAGGAGCACCUGCUGCUCUAUGGCUACAUAAAAGUCCCUCAUUGCAGCAAACAUGAGCUCUACCAAGAAGUGAAGAGGACUUUGAAGGAGACUGGGCUGUACAGCCAUCGACACAAGCUGGCUGGCACUCUCUCUGGGGGGAUGAAGAGGAAAUUAUCCAUAGCUAUUGCUCUCCUGGGGGGAUCCAGGGUGGUGAUUCUGGAUGAACCAACCACGGGGGUGGAUCCCUGCUCCAGGAGGAGUAUUUGGGAAAUCAUCUCCAAGAAUAAGAAAGGCAGAACCAUCAUUCUCUCCACACAUCACCUGGAUGAAGCAGAAGUUCUGAGUGACCGGAUCGCCUUCCUGGAGCAUGGAGGGCUCAGAUGCUGUGGCUCACCUUUCUACCUCAAGGAAACCUUUGGGGAUGGCUACCACCUGACACUCACCAAAAAGAAGAACAUGAUAGAGGAAUGUGACACCACAGCAGUGACCUCCUUGAUCCAGUCCUAUCUCCCAGAGGCUUAUCUCAAGGAGGAUAUUGGUGGAGAGCUCGUGUACGUGCUUCCCCCCUUCAAGUCCACAGUAUCAGGGGCCUACCAGGCCCUUCUCAGAGCCCUGGACACCAGCUUGAAUGAUCUCCACCUGGGUUGCUACGGUAUUUCCAACACAACUGUGGAAGAGGUGUUCCUCAAUCUGACAAAAGAGCUAGUGAAGGACCAGCAAGAAGAUGCUGCACUGCCCCAUCAGCUGCCUGGAGUCAGUGGUCACAUGGGUGGUGAUGAAAUGUCUCUGAGCACAGACACCUUCACAGAAAGAGACGACCAGCUCCUGAUCAGGUCCAAGAGCCUGCGGGGUUUGCCGCUGCUGCUGAAGAGAACCUCAGCCCUGUUCAUCAAGAGGUUCCACCACACCCGGCGCGACGUGCGCGGCUUCAUCGCCCAGGUCAUCCUCCCCGUGCUCUUCGUGAUGGCUGCCAUGGGCCUGGGGACACUGAGGACCAAGGAGACCGAGUACCCCGAGCUGCUGCUCUCCCCCUCCCUCUACGGCACGGCCGACCAGGCAGAUUUCUUCGGGAAUUUUAAUGAAACCACAGCUGCUUUAGUUUCUUCGAUGCUGGCUUUCCCUGGGACGGAUAACACGUGCAUGAACGAAAGCAAUUCGCAGUGUUUAACAGAGGACAUGCUUGGCCAGUGGAUUACCAGUGGAAACCAGAGAACUAAGUAUUCUGCCUGCAACUGCACAGAUGGCAUCCAGACAUGUCCACAGACCAAUUACACUCCUCCUCACAGAAGGACCUUCUCCACACGGACACUUUACAACCUGACAGGGCACAAUGUGGAGACCUACAUCCUGGCAACCACCAAGGACUUCCUGCAGAAACGGUAUGGUGGCUGGAGCUUUGGGCUGCCUUUGACAGCAGAUCUGCAGUUUGACAUCAGGCCAGUGCCCCCCAACAGAACACUGACCAAGGUGUGGUACAAUCCUGAGGGUUAUCACAGCCUCCCAGCCUAUCUCAACAGCUUGAACAACUUCAUUCUUCGAGCCAACUUGCCAAAAAAUGAGACCUCCAGAUAUGGUAUUUUCUUAUCAGCUCACCCAUAUCCUGGAGGACAGAGUCAAGAACAAGUAAUGCUCAACAGCUUAUUGGACAUCAUAGUGUCCAUGUCUGUUUUGGUGGGCUACUCCAUCACCACAGCAAGUUUUGUGCUCUACAUGGUCAAGGAGCACCAAACCAAAGCCAAGCAGCUGCAGCACAUUUCAGGCAUUGGGAUGACAACCUACUGGGUGACCAACUUCAUUUAUGAUCUGGUACUUUUUAUGGUCCCUAUUGGACUCUCCAUAGGAGUUAUUUCAGCCUUCCAGAUCCCAGCUUUCUGCAACAACAGUAACUUAGUGGCAGUAUUUCUUCUGCUCUUACUGUUUGGAUAUGCAUCAUUUUCCUGGAUGUACCUGCUGGCUGGGUUUUUCAAGGAAACAGGGAUGGCCUUCAUUGUUUAUGUCUGUGUCAACUUGUUCUUCGGCAUCAACACCAUUAUCACUCACUCGGUUGUGUUCCUGCUCUCCCAGGAAAAGGCCACGGACCAGGGCUUGCGUGAUCUUGCUGAAAAUUUAAGGCACGCGUUCCUUCUGUUCCCACAAUUUUGCUUUGGCUACGGCUUGAUUGAACUGUCGCAGGACCAGGCACUGCUGGGCUUCUUAAAAGCCUAUGGAGUGGACUACCCUGACAAAACCUUUGAGCUGGACAAGACCACAUCCAAGCUGCUGGCCAUGUUCAUCCAGGGCACCGUGUUCUUUGCCAUUCGCCUCACAGUUCACGACAGGAUGAUUCAGAGAGUCUGGAACAACGUCCUGGAGUUCCUGUUUGACAGAGUCCAUGGCAAAGCCUCCCUGCUGCCGUCCACAGCCGUAGAGGACGGGGAUGUCCAGGCAGAGAGGAGCCGGGUGGAGUCUGGCAAAGCUGACUUCGAUGUGGUGCAGCUCCAGAACCUCACCAAGAUCUACCACCUCCCUCACAAACGCAUCACAGCAGUGAAAAACAUCAGCCUUGGGAUCCCUGCUGGGGAGGUGAGCGAGGGGGGAAGGCUGUGGGCACCUUCCUGUGUCACUGUCAUCUUCUCUAAUGUCCAUUGCAAAUGGGAUCAGGCUCAGAUCCUCAGCAGUGUGAUCCCCCUUCUAAGCCAGACCUGGAGACCAGUAGGGCUCCUCAAGCUUUAUUUAACAGGUGGAGGCUUGGUGGCAGCUGUGCCACCAGGUUAUGUGCCAACCUCCUUACCCAGGUCCUUGAAUGACAUCAGUGAGGCCCACUGGUCACUCUUUGGCUACUGUCCUCAAGAAGAUGCCUUGGAUGACCUGCUGACCGUGGAAGAGCACAUGUAUUACUACGCUCGGCUGCACGGCAUCCCGGAGGGGGACAUCAAGGGAGUUGUACUGCAGCUCCUCCAACGGCUGAACCUGAUGGCCUACAAGGACAGAGUCACCUCUAUGUGCAGCUAUGGCACCAACAGGAAAUUGUCAACUGCUCUGGCUCUCAUUGGCAAUCCAUCCAUCCUGCUGCUGGAUGAGCCGAGCUCUGGAAUGGACCCCAAUGCCAAACGGCACCUUUGGAAAAUCAUCAGUGAGGAAGUGCAGAACAAAUGCUCAGUGAUACUCACGUCCCACAGCAUGGAGGAGUGUGAAGCCCUCUGUACCAGGCUGGCCAUCAUGGUGAACGGGAGUUUCCAGUGCAUUGGCUCUCUGCAGCACAUCAAGAGCAGGUUUGGAAGAGGAUUCACUGUGAAGAUGCACUUAAACAGCAGCACAGUUUGCACUGAGACACUGACAGAGUUCAUGAAGUCACACUUCCCAAAUACGUGCCUGAAGGAUCGGCAUUUCAGGAUGGUGGAGUACCACGUCCCGGUCUCUGCAGGAGGGGUAGCGAAUAUAUUUGAUCUCCUGGAAGGCAGCAAAGCAGCCUUCGACAUCAGGCACUUCUCUGUGAGUCAGACAACGCUGGAGGAGGUUUUCAUCAACUUUGCUAAAGAUCAAGCAGAUCCUGAUGGCGCAGACGCAGGUCCUGAUGUGAUGCUGGACAGCUCUGACACAAGUAGCCAAGCCAGCACCAUAAGCUCCAUCUAUUGAAGGGAUCCACCCACACAGGAUCAUAGAAGCUGGGGAAAAGACCUGACAGCCCCUCCAACCCUGUUUUCAGGGUGAUUUUAGGGUGAUGGGGAUAAGCAGUCCCAUUUUCUUAAAGUACUUUGUUUUUUGAUAUGCACUUCAUUAAUGUCACUAGGAAUAUGGUAGUUGUUUGAGACUGGCACUUGGUUACAAAUCAGAUUGGUCUUUCCACAGGUUCUUUCCUCCCCCCAGUUCUUGUUUUAUCACUGUAAUGGCUGUGAGGAUUUAGACAGCAUCACCUGCUGCUCUGGCCGUUUGCUUACAGCAGACGUGGCCGUGAUGGAGCAGAGGAGCUGUGGGCAGCACAGGGUGUUUGACCACAGAGCAGCCCCACAGCCACAGAGGAAAGCCCACGCUCCACUCCCUGCCCAGCAGCAGAUUUCCUGGGUGACUGAGUGAAAGUGGCUCAGUUUUGACAGGCUUCCCCCUGGGGAAAUGGGGCUCACGGCCUUGCCCCUCCUCACAGGGGGCUGUGAGAGUGCAGGUGUUACGGGGCCACUGCCAGGGGCCAUCUUUGGUAAUGACAUAGAGCUUAUCUGGUUAUGUCAGCACAAAUAUAACUGUUUUAUAAGUUAGUGCUUCCAGUGGUUUUGGUUUGUUCCUGUAGCUUAUUCCAGCUCUGUAACUCCUCAGGUGAGUCCUCUGUUCCCAGGUAGUUCCUGGCUCUUGGCAUCUGGUGGAAGAUGAUUCCUCCAUGAGCCCCUUUCUCCUUCUGGCUGGAGGUCAGGGCUGCUCUGGUAUAGCUGAGUGGUACAGGGCAGCUCUGUUGGCUGAAUGCUCUGACAGGAGGAAGCUCUUUGCUUCGUAUGACUGUGUUUCCCUGGGCACAGUGGAAGCAAGGAGCAUCCCCCUUGCUCACAAACCCUCCAUCUCCAGCAGCUUUGCUCCUCUGUGUCCUCUUCAGUGACCUUCUUCCUCAACCCCACGUGCUGGUUGCCCCCCUGACCCCAGAGCUGUGUUUUCCCACAUAAUAAGGUAUCAUUAGCUCCUGCUUCAAAGACUCUGCCUGCUGGCUUUAAGGGAGUGCUCUGCCCACUUCUGAGAGCAGCCCCCAGCAGCUGAGUUCAGCACACCACCACACACAUCCUGCUCUCUUCCCCCAGAAUGAUUAAUAGAUGGAAUAGUUUAAUAUGAUUCUUUAUUAUAUGUAUCAGCAUAAGGCCCCAAAGACUUGGGCAUUGAUGUACCUUCAAGCACAAAAUGAACUUAAACUCUGAGCUCAAUAAACUUGCUGUUGCUGGUAAAACAGAUUGCAGAUAAAGCCUUACCUUGUGAGACCAGGGGUGGCCCAAACAACUCACCUGGGUUCACCCACACAGUUCCAGCCAGGUGGUUUCUUUUUCCUUUGGGUCUUUUUCUUUUGUUGUUUUUUGGGGUUUUUUUUGCCUUCCCCCAAGCUAAUUUGAGUCAAAGGAACCUUUGAUGAAAGCUGCAACGACACAUCUUUGUUACCCUGACCAUGACUACGACUAGUUCAGCUCCUACGUGAUGCCAAGGUUCGCUGUGAUAAUCGUGCAAGGAGUAGGUACUUUGUAAAAUCCCAAGCAUCCUUGAUAUUCAGUGGGAUACUGAAGUUCAAGGUUGAGCUGCUGCAAGGAGGCCACGUCCUCUCCUUGGUCUUGGUGUAAACUUCUUACUGAUAGCAGGAGUUUUAUAAUGGAUUGAAAGUAUUAUUGAGCUUUGAAUUAUGCCUCAACCUGCUGACUGUAAUUAAAACUGGGAUUCAGCUUCUUUCCAGAAUGCAUUUGACACCUGCAGUUUGUAAGUAACUGAAAAAGCUGCCCAGACAUCCAUUGUAGCUGCUUCUAUUAUUAUGUCUCCAGCACUGCAGAAGCUCUUUUUUCUCAUUUUCAUUGCACAUCUUACACAGAUCACAGUAUAAAAUUAAGCUUUUCUCUAAUGGAGGGCUUGUGCUCCCUGCAAAGGACUCAGAGCAUGAAUGCCAAUGAUUUAAAUGCAGCCUUGUAAUACCAAUCAGAGCAUUAUUUUAUUAUGUCGAUGGCUUUGCAACUGCCAGUGAAAGAUGGAUCUUCAGACUCUGUCCAGAUGUACUUUACAUGUAAUUGAGGGAGACUGAUACAAAACUAUUCUUUUGUCCCUUUAGAGCCUACUAAUCAAACAGGAAAAAAAGAAAAAAAAAAAAAAGAGGAAGUGAUUCAUUGGAAUACUUCAGCAAGUUGCAAUUUAAUUGUGCAAAACACAGUUUUGAGGGGAAAAAAAAAAAAAAAGAAAAAAGCAUCCUUUGAAUUUCCACCCAAUUCUGGCAUUAAUAGAAACAUCUGCUCCAUGUGAAAUGUGUCACGGCCAUGAUCUACGCUCCCCCUUCUCACUCUCAGGUAAAAAUAAGCCAUCUGCUAUUGCAA